AUGGGUAAGGGUUCUGUAUUGAAUCUCGAUGUGGAGUCGAAAAAAUCGAACUCUUCAAGCGACUUGAAGGUUAUUUCAGCCAAUGGACAAGAAGUUCCUUUGAAUGAUCACUAUAUUGAUCAUGCACUUGAAAGAAGAGUUUGCAGGAAGUUAGACUUCAGAAUUUUGCCUUUAGCAGCUAUCAUGUAUCUAUUUAAUGCUCUUGACAAAGGAAACAUAAGUAACGCAAAAACUGAUGGUAUCGAUAUUGAUCUAGGUAUUGCAGGCGAUCAUUGGAAUUUGAUGUUAUCGAUUUUUUAUAUACCAUUUGUGUUAUGUGCAUUUCCUAUUUCCUUAGUCAUUAAAAAAUAUGGGCCAGCUAAUGUGAUUCCAUGUUUGAUGUUUUCUUUUGGAGCUAUUAGCCUUUUGGCUGUGUCGGCAUUUAAUUUUGGUUCUUUGAUGACAGCAAGAUGGUUUUUGGGAAUGGCAGAACUGGCGUUCUUUCCAGGGAUUAUUUUUUAUUUGACCAAGUUUUACCGACGUUUAGAACUAGCAAGAAGAUUGUCCAUCUUUUACGCUGCAGCGAACAUCGCUAAUGCAUUCUCAGGCUUACUUUCAUUUGGCGUCUUUCAAAUCAAUAGUUCCCGUUUACAUGGAUGGCAAAUAUUGUUUUUAAUUGAAGGUGGUUGCACAGUUGUAAUAGCCACUAUUGCUUUUCUUGCUCUUCCAAGGUCAGUUGAAUCUGCCAGUUUCUUUACAGAUGAGGAAAGAGAAUGUGCUAAGAACCGUGUGAUGACAGAUUCUUCAGCUCUUCAAGGUGUGGAGAUGGAAUUUAAGGAUGCUUUGAAAGUUUUUAAACACCCAGUUGCUAUUCUUUGGAUGUUCCAAGAAAUCUGUAUUGGUGUACCAAUUAAUUCAAUUAAUAACUGGUUUCCUCAGAUCAUUGCUGUUUUGGGAAAAUCAACUGUUCAAACGAAUUUAUACACUGUAGCUCCAAAUGUUUGGGGGGCAGUUUCAUUACUCAUAAUAUGUUUUUCAUCUGACCUUUUUAAGGUAAGAUCCAUAUUUAUUUGUAUUGCUGUUUUACUGACAUUAAUUGGAUUUGUGGUUUUUGGUACUAUUGAUGUUCAAAAGAACCUUGGUGCUGCUUAUUUCUCUUGCUUCUUAAUGACAACCGGCGUUUCUGCUUCGUCUGUUUUGACAUCCACUUGGUACAACAAUAACACACCCAAUGAAAACCGCCGUGUUGUCAUUAGCGCGAUAGGUGUACCCUUAGCUAAUGCAGCAGGGUUGAUUUCAACAAAUAUCUUUAGGCCACAAGACGCCCCCAAGUAUGUGCCAGCUUUGGGUAUUACUGCAGGUUUUGGUGGUCUAGCAAUUUUGAUUGUAUGUGGAAUUUCUAUAUUUAUGAUUUUUGACAAUAGAAGACGAAACAAGAAACAGGGAGUAACCCUUUCUUAUAAAGAUAUAUCGACUUCAGAAUUGGGAGAAGGUCCUGCGAACCCAAACUUUAGAUGGAUGCUUUAA